GUGGUUGUCAAGCGAGCCAUCGAUUUCACAAACAACGAUUUUUCGCGAACGAAGGUAACAAAGAAACUAUUAUAUUCUUCAAGGGUGUCGUGUAUCAUGGAUGCCGAUAAAGCUUUCAAGUUCCAAAGACAAGCAAGGGACAACGUAACAACAUUACAAAACUACCUGACAGACUUGCAAAAUUGGGAAGUCGAAAUGAAGCGCAAGGAAGGAGCACUAAAGGGACAAUCUGAACAGGACCUGCCGCCGGUCAGAAGCAAGAUUAAGAAGGAGAAGCCAGUAGCACCGGUGAAGAAAAAGCCUGAGAAGAGAAUAGCCGCUUUUGAUUACUCCACUUGGGAUAAGUUUGAUGUGGAUAAAGCCUGUGAAGAAGUAGACAUGGAGGACGUUGGACCCACCUCGCUGGACGGCAAGAAGAGUCUCUCCGUCAAGCAGGAGAAACUGAGAGAAGAAGCCCAGUACGAAAAGGAGAGAGGCAAUGCGUUUGUGAAACAGGAGAAGUGGGAUGACGCCAUCACCUGCUACAACCGAGCGAUCGAACUAGUCACCGAUGAUGCCAUCUACUACGCUAAUAGGGGACUCUGCCAUCUCAAGAAGGACAGCCUCCACCAAGCGGAAAAGGACUGCACCGAGGCUCUCCGCCUGGACCCCACCUACGUGAAGGCUCUCCAGCGUAGAGCCACGGCGAGGGAGAAGCUGGGCUCUCUGAGAGCCGCGUCGCACGACCUCAACCAGGUUCUUACGCUGGAGCCUCACAACGCCGCCGCUAGGAACCAGCUGAGGGCGAUUAAAGCUAGGAUGGGGACUAAAGGGACGAAAUCGAAGUCGUCACCCGUAUCGACGCCUACAUCGGAGAACAAGUCGAUGUUGGCGGCCGUGCAGCCCAAGAUCAUCGAGUUGGAGGAUGACGUGAAGCCGGCCCCCGUUGCCAAGGCUGAAGUUAAGACUGAGCAACCCCCUAAACUAUCAUCAGACGAGAAAUGGAUAAACGGUGUUGGAGAAAACGUUAACGUUAUCAAACCUGUCAAAAAGCCGCCUCAUUUACGAUCUAAGAGAGGCCUCAAACCGAUACCUAUACAAGAGAUCCAGCUAGGAAAGUCUGAACCUGAAAAACCACCGACUCGACUCAAAAUUAUCGAAAUCGAAGACAGCCAAGCCAAAGGAGAUACGAAUAACAAUAAAUCGGACACUAACAAAAUCGAUACUAUAAUCAAUUCAAUUGAAAUCAAAAAAGAAGAUGUAAAAGUUGAGAGUAAGAAAAUGAAUGGUUUAAGUCCGGAGUCGGAAAAGUUGAAUAUAGAUUGUUUAGUGAAUGAAAAGAACGAUGUUGUUCGUAAAUUGGUGCCGCCGGUGAAUAGUGUUCAGUUUAUGACGGAAUGGAAGAAUUUGAAGAAUACAAAGAAUGGCAGGAUUGAAUAUUUAAAUCUAAUAGACCCGGCCCGGCUGCCCGCAAUCCUCGGCAACGCUCUAGAAAGCGACCUACUAUCGGAGCUGCUGCUCACUCUGCACGCGUGUGGCGCGCGCGUGACGUCACACCUGCGCGGGCUGGCGCGCGUGCGCCGCCUGUCCGCGCUCGCCAUGUUCCUGUCCGAGCGGGACAAGGAAUUGAUCCACAAACUUCUAGUCCACUGCAAAACUGUCGAAGGUUGCGACGACGACACAAUAGCUGAUCUGAAGAACAAAUUUGAACUUUAACUCCAUUAGGAUAAGGUGCUAAGUAUAGGUAGUGUGUUUUCAAAUAUUUUGACCCAACCAAAAAGUAUUGUUUAUACCUUUUCGUCAUAUUUAUAUCGAAAAAAGUACGUCUAAUUAAAAAAAAAAACUAUUUUAUUUAGAGGCUUUAUAAAUUAGUGUUUACGAUAUUUCUCUAAAUCAUUAUAAAACUUAUCUCUUGCUUACAUGUAAAUUGACAACAUUGCUAUGUAAAUUCAUAGUGUAGAUACAAUUAAACUAUUAAAACACUGCCAAUUAAAUAUGCUAUGAUAUCGAUUAUACAGGGGGUUGCAAAAAGGGUAUACUAAGCCGAAACCUACAUGUGCAGCAUGGUAUAUCUAAGCCCAAAUCAGAAUUGCAAAAUGUAGGUUUCGGCUUAGUAUACCCUUUUUGCAACAUCCUGUAUAAUGUAAACCAGAUAGAGUCGUGGUUCCGAAACGUUAACGUAUUUCGUCAAACAGUAGUUUUAGACUUUCGUGUAAUACUGUGGAAGAUUAAAGAGAAAUAAGGUAAACAUACACCAAAUGGUCAUAAU